AUGGCAUUUCGAGCAACAAGAUUCGCAUGGUCUUGGACUGCAACGGCACCUAGAAAUACAACGAUCCGUCAAUAUAUCAAGGAAACGUUAGAGCAAAGUCCUGAAAAGCUUGAAAAAUUGAAAAAAAUGUUGGGCAAGAAGGGUGAAGAAGUCUCGCAAGAAGCAGAAAAAGCAAGUGAAAAGCCCGCCGAAGAAUUAAAGAAGGAAGCUGCAGAAAACGUUAAGGAGACAGCUCAGGAUGUAAAAAACACAAACUAUGAAGAAAAGGCCAAGAGCGCUACGAAAAAAUUGAAAGAAGAGUUUGAAGAAAGAAGCUCAGAUGUCUUAGGCGAUGCUCGACGAGAUGGAAUGAUAAAAGAAAAGGGCAAAAAGGGAAUUAAAAAGGAAUAA